ACCACAAUCUCAUUCCACAGCUCCAGACCACAGCAAUCCAAAAGCUUUAAGACUUUCACAAUAAAAUAUAUUUAUAUUGCUCAAUGACUUUACCAGAUUACUCAAUAUUAAAUUCCAGGAAUUAGGAAAGACAAACUGCGGAGGUCAGUGAGUAGGAAAAAUAGGAACAGUUGUGUUAAAAAAAAAAAUCUACUGACUUCUGGAACAAAAAGCUGGUAGACUGUUGGUCAGAUCUGAGGUAAGACGACUGGAACGCUAUGAUGAAGUCUCAAGGACUCUUCCUCGUCCUCUUCUGCUGUCUGCCUUUAGCAGUGCUAUCCUUGACGUGCUACACGUGUGUGUUCCCGGCUAUCUCUCCGUUGGACUGCCUGAAGUUUCCUCAGGAAUGUCCCAAGGGUCAGCGAUGUCUCGCCAGCACAGCUGUUGGAGUCAAAGGCUCUGUGCACAUUGUUCUGUACGAGCGGAGCUGUGCACUGCCAUCACAGUGUGAUCAGAGUGGAGAGAAACAUGCUGCAGGACUCAACUUCAAUUACACUAAUGAAUGCUGUGACACAGAUCUGUGCAACACUGCUGCACACAUCAGUGCCUCCUUCUGGAUUGGAGCAGUACUGAGCCUCUUCAGUCUCAUGCAGGUGCUGCAGCUGCCAUGAGUCAACUUGCUCAAUAAACUAUCAACACUGUCUUAAGCCACUUAUAUCUUUGAUCUUUCAUGAGGAUAUACCAUAGACUUCUGUUGCUUUUACAUAAUGCUAAUUAUAAAUACUACAGACUAACACAAACCCCACCAGAACAAGGAAAUGAACAAAAUCUAAAUAUAAAAAAUAAAAUUACUGUUGUUUUUUGUGUGUGAGACAGAUUUAACACACUAAGACCUGUUAAUCUAUUAAAAUAAGUGCAUUUAUAAAGCUUUCAUACAGCAUGCACAAAUGUAGACUCUGAGGCAAAAAUGCAUGAACAAUAAUAAAAAAAAAAACACACACACACCAGUGUGAGUCAUUGUGUUCCUCAAUUAUCUCGCUCUUACACUCACAAGAGUGGUAAAGUGCACAAGUCAAUCUUCUAAAUAGACACAGAAACAGCGUGACAUUAUGAUAACAGUUUCAUUAUAGUACAUAUUUUAGAAAACAUCUUUUCAUAUUUUUAUUUCAACAGCUCAUAUUCUAGAAUUUUCUGCUCAUUUAUUAUUCUCUUUCGGAUUAAAACAAAUAUUUUUUAAAUUUUCUUUAAAUAA